UUAAUAACAUUUACUAUAAUAUUAUCUAUCAUGAUGCUCUUAUAGCAGAAAGAUCACAGAACAAGUAUGCUGUUUUCCCAUGAAGAAUCCCUAAAAUUCAGCAAAUAUUCGAAAGAAAAUUCAUUGAGGCUCAGAAAAAUCAUUGGCAAGAAGUCAAAGAGAGGACACUUAAAAGGACAAAUUAACAAUAGUAACCAAAGCUUUAUGAAUAAAUACAACAUUGAUUACAAAGAUCCGUAUCCUGGCGAUAGUACACUUAUCAAAAACCUGGAAUCUUUUAAAUACAUUCCAGAUACUGAUACUCUUGAGAAGCUAAAGUACUAUUAUGGGGCUUAUAACCAAAUAAAAGGAUUCAGAAAGCACAUGGUUUUUACAAAUAAGAAAGAAGAACUGGACACCAAUAUGUGGGAUCCAGUCUCACGCUGAAUUCUUUACCAAAAAGGAGGAGUGCUCAAGAAGAUUUCUGACCCCGUUUAUGUUGACAUUAAGGAUGCUCAGGAAGAGGAAGUUGAGAAACCUAAAAAGAAAAGAAAUAUGAGAUUAAGGAGUAAAAUUUCAAAACUUUACUAUAUCCAAAAGCGAAAGAUGCAACUGGGUAGAAACAAGGCAAGUAAAAUGUUCUCCUCAAUGGAGAGAGGGAACCAUAUGUCAAGCUUAAAUGUUCCUUCAUCCUCUCUGGGCCAUCCAGCAAUUUUCCCUCCUCGAAGAAGGAAUGAAUCUUUAUUGACACCUGUAAGAGCAUCAAAUAACAAGCUUAACAGAGAUUUAUGUUUCUCGAGUGCAGUAAAUAUGCUUAACAAGAAUGAUGACAGCUUUACAAGAUCGAGCACAGGCUCUUCAAACGCUACAAACUUCAAGAACCACCUGACUGUUACAAGGGAUAAAUUCCAAGGGAACUCGCCAACUAGAAGCACUGGAGUAGGAAGUAGUAAAAAUAUUGAUAUCACAGAUUUUAAUUCUACAGACCCUGUAGCUAGGGCUUGCCUUAAGUCAGUUGCUUCAAGAAGGAAGAAGUCUAAGAAAGUGAGAAAAAGUACUUAUGACCAAAUGGACUUGCUGUACACCUCCCAUGGAUUGAGAUCCCCUCCAUCAAAGAGCUCCAUGAAGCCUACUAAACUUGAAUCUUUCACCAAGAAGUACCCUGGCAAAGAAGGCUCAUUUUUCCUACCUGGUUUAGAAGAGGAAGUCCUGUGAAGCCGAGACUCCUUCUUCGAGACUACUGAAAAGAAGAAUAAACCUGGAAAUAAUAUAAAGCUAAGGCUGAAACUGAGAGCAGAGAAGGAUGAAAGUCUCAGGAAGCUGUCUAGCACCUCUAACGUAUCACCCAGGGAGAUCCUCAGCAUCCCUGACAUAGACUAGGAGCCCAU